AGAAAUCUCACCUUCCAUUACUGAGUUAAAGCUUCUGACAAGAAUCACGGUAAACGAGUUUACCAAACGCAGGUUCUUAUUUCUUUCUGCAUUCAUACUCUAAUACAAAAGAUAAUUGGUCAUAUUAUACAUAUGAUUAGAAUAGUAAACCCUCAGCUUCAACAUAUCUAUUUAUUCCCUGGACUAAUUUUUGAGCAUUUUAAACUGUUUGAACAUUUGUAAACAUGUGUAUGUAUAGUGAGUGAAUAUUUUAAACGUAAUAAGCAAAUAUUACAAACAUGAAUAAAAUGAAUAAAAAGAAGAAAUAAAUUAUAUAAUAUUAAAAAUAGAGUUAUAUUUUAAGUUUCUAGCAUAAAUCAAAUUUCAGAUCAAGAAGAAAUCAUAGAACAAGGAGUUUCAAAAGAGCAGGUAAUCCUUUAAUUAUUUUUGUAAAGUUCGGACCUUUUUUCUUUGAUUUACAGGUUCCAUUUCUCAAACUGUUACAUUUUUAUAAAAGGUUUUCAUUUUAAGAAAGGGAUUAUUUGUUGUAUAUCAAUUUCUUUGUUAAAUUUUUUGUUAUAGUGCAUUCCUCAAAUUCUAUAAAAUGUAUUCUUUUAAAAACGUAUUUAAUGUUAAAGUUAAAUUUAACUUAAAAUAUGGCUUAACCACCAAGAACAGGUCCGUCAAGCUUCUUUAGCAAAGACACACAAUUAUGAAGAUGUGAUAACUAUAUAUAGACUUUGAAUCUUGGUAAUUUUCUAAAUACAUAUACUAUAAUUUACUGUGUCUUAAACAUCUUUUUUUUUCUUUUCAGGCUGUUUCAACACCAUUACUAGAAAGGCAAUUGAUAUGUAGACAUAUGAAAGUGAAUGGCGAAUAUCUCACUUAUGCAGACAAUGGUAACAGAGAUGUUGGACUGUACGUUGAUAAGAAUGAAAUAGUGGCUGGAAGAUACUUCGAAAUUGAGAUAUUGAGUUUAGGACGGAGCGGAAUAAUUGCUUUGGGUUUGGUGCCAGACGAUUACCCAGCAAAUAAUCAGCCUGGAUGGAAAGAGAACUCUAUAGGAUAUCAUGGAGACGAUGGCCGGCUUUAUCACGAAAGAGGAACAGAGACUCAGUUUGGACCGACAUGGCACGUUGGUGACAAGAUUGGUCUCCAGACAUACAUGUUUCUUACGUGCCGGGACAGAUGUUAUCAUGAUAGUUUUACUGUGAAUGUUGUUUUUACGAGAAAUGGCAAAGGGGUUGGAACAAGGACAAUUGACAAUGUCAAUUUUCGCUUAUAUCCUGCAAUUGGGAUGCAAUCUUCUGGAGAGAAGGUCAAAGUAAUUUUAGAUGCAUAGAGGCCUAUAUGAAAGCCAAAAAUACUUAAAAGUAAUGGUAGUUGACUAGAAUGUAAAGUCUUUUAGGCCAUUAAUGACAUAAAAAUCGUUUGUGUCUUCUAUACUUCAGUGAGGGCUCACGUAAAUUGUCUUAAGACUUUUAAAGUAACGACUUCAAUUGAUUCUUAAGUUUAAAUAACAAAGCUGAAAAAACCAGUGGCACCUUAUAUAUCUCUUAUUGUCAGACUCAAUAAAAAAAAGGAAAAUCAUAACUUUUCACUUUAUUACAUUUCGGCAUUCGUCUAGCAAUUUUGGCUGAAAUGACUUUACAAUUCCUUAUUUCAUAUGAAAUUCAUUAACUUUCAUAUCACCUAUGUAAGUUUAUUUUAACAUUAAAGAUAUUCUAUGCUCAUCUUUGAAAAUAAAUUUAUUGAAACCUAUGAAAUUCUUACUGAAUAUGUUUAAUUUGAAUUAGAAAAAAGAACAAAACUAUGUAUUGGCAGUCACGUUCUCUAUUAUAGGACAAGAAAAGUUGGUCUUUUCUUAAAUAAAUCGCAUUUUUUAACGCCGCUAUAUAUUCAUUUUGUGGCGACUUAAAGUGUGUAGAAUUUAUAAUAUGACAUAUCAACUUUGUGUGAAGUUAGAACAUGUUUAUUUCAUAUUUACAUAGAGACUGUGUAGCAAUCAUCAAUAUUUUCUGAUAUCAAAUUUGAACAUAGUAUAUCUUAAAGCUAUGGUCCAACAUCAAUUCAAAAGUAACAUAAUAUUUGUAUAUUCCACACAUGUAGGCAGGUAUUACUUUAGAAGUAUACUUUAUUGUACACUUCAAUUUCUUAAUGUUAAUAAAACUUUACAGACUUUUUUUUUUUCGGACAAUAUGUAUUUUUCUAUUAAAUACUUUUAAUUCACUUUGCAUUAUGUGAAAAUACCAUGAAUUUGGAUUUAUUAAUUACAUGUAUGUUAUGUCCUUAUAUCGUAUAUACAAAAAUAGUUGUCACUUUCAUCCCAUAUCCUAGGUAUCACCGGAAGGUCAUGUAUAUAUCAUAUUGAAUCUAAUUAUAAACCAGAUUACAACAAUACAUACAUAAGUUAUAACAAUGUAUAUAGUUAAAUUACUAUUUUUCAUACUUACAUUAGUUUUGUAUUUCUUUGACUAUUUUUUAUCAUUACAAUAAUUGUUUAUUUACUUUUUGCUAUAGAUAAUGGUCACUGGCUUCAAGUCAUAUGUUGAUACAACUAUUAAAUUUUAGUAUUAAUCAAGUCAUUCUGUUUUAACUACAACAGUUAUUUGUAUCAAAUAUAAUCUACAUGUUUGUACAAUUGCUUUAUAAACAUUAAAUGUUUUAAUAUAUAUAAUAUAUCUUUAAGUCAGUAUGUUAUUUAAAGUGGCAAAUAAUAUUUCCGACAGUAAGUAAACAGUUUGUUGAUGUAUUUUGUAUUUGAUGGUGUCUCAGUAUGUAUAAUCAUAUGAUUUUCAAAAUAUUUUAAUUAAUAUACUCAA